AUGAAGUCCUGCAAGCCCGGGUCCCCCGCGGCGGGAGCGCGCGCCGCAGCCCCGUGCGCAGGCGGCGCCCAGUGCGCCGGCGCGUGCGCGGGGGCCGGGCGGCUGGAGAGCGCGGCGCGCAGGCGCCUGGCGGCCAACGCGCGCGAGCGCCGCCGCAUGCAGGGGCUCAACACGGCCUUCGACCGCCUGCGCAGGGUGGUGCCCCAGUGGGGCCAGGAUAAAAAGCUGUCCAAGUAUGAGACCCUGCAGAUGGCGCUGAGCUACAUCAUGGCUCUGACCCGUAUCCUGGCCGAGGCCGAGCGAUUCGGCUCGGAGCGGGACUGGGUCAGUCUCCACUGCGAGCACUUUGGCCGCGACCACUACCUGCCGUUUGCGGGCGCCAAGCUGCCGAGUGAGAGCGAGCCCUACGGCCAGAGGCUCUUCGGCUUCCAGCCGGAGCCCUUCCAGAUGGCCAGCUAGGGCGCCGGGCCUGCCAGGGUGCGAUGCCCGGGGACGGAGCUCCAGCAGGUGGCCUCGGAUGCACCCUUAGGAUAAAACAGCAGACUCUCAGGUGCUAGCUGGAGGCUGAAUCCCCAAACCCCAGGGUCAGAAGUCUUGAAGAACCAUAUAUGAAGAGAGCUAUCAAGUUGGGAAAGGCCAACCAAGCCAGUGGUUCUCAACCCUGUCCACUCACCAGAAUCAUACCUAGAAGUCUUGAAAAAAAUACCAAGUCUGGGACCUCCAGUUCAAGAAUUGAUUUAACUGCUCCAAGGCAUGCUCUGCAUGUGCCACAAGGGGGAAGUUAUAUUCUUCACCAGGGCCAAAACUACAGUUUUAUGUCAUCUGCAUCCCUCCGGACUUUUCCGGCUCAAGCACAUUUUGGCACCUUAUAAUAUGGCUCAGUACACUCAGGAUAAGUAAAUCAAAAGUGCUUCUCCACAUUUGUGAGUUGUAUGGCAUGAUCUCUUAAGGCUAAGUAGAAGCGGAUUAAGUGAAUCCAUCAAAAUGACUGCUAUGGACGUAAUUGAUGACAGGCAAUGGAGACCUCCCCACCUUUUUCCUUUGCAUUGUUUGGUGAGUUGGUGAUACCUAAGGUCACUACUGUCUAACCCCUUUCAGCCCAAGCAUAUGGCCCCUCAUUGCUCCUAGUAGGGCCUAAAUAUCCCUAACAUAGCAAGGGGCAGGGGAGCAUGCUAGCUUUUUCCCAAAGCAGUGGAUGACUUUAUGACAUCUUUGGUUCAUCUGUAUCAUCUUCUCACAUUUUUGUUGGAAUCUUUAAAAGGCACAGCCCAAAUCCUUCCCCCAGCUGAGACUGCAAGAGUCCACAGCCGACUUAUUCAAAGCACUUCUUGCCAAGGGUCCAGCAGCAUGAGAACUUACUCAAAUCCAGUUGCUUGGAAACCACUGUGUCUGGCUUGUCCUCCUUCCCCCUCCACAGUCUGCCCCCAUACACAGCUGGCACCCAGACAUUCCUAAAGUUCAUCACUCUCCACUACACUCCGCGAAGAGCAUGAAUACACCAUUGAGCUUUCCAUGGAGGAGAAGGCAGAGAAAAUGUCAAGUCCUUUACUGGUGAGGGAUCCGUAGCGACUGCCACUGGGCCGGACGGACAUGGGUGGUGGGAUCUGCUGGUGCCAUUGAGCUGGGAAAUGGACCAAAUAAUAUGUUACGAUCAAAGGAAUGCAUUCUAGUGGGUACAGUGCGGGGAUGUUUUCUGUUCUCAUUCCAAUACUUGCUGUGAAAUAUUAUCCGGGUCUGAAAUGUGUGAUUUGCAAAAGAACAAUAAAAUCUUUCCUUCUCUGCCAGGAAUGGGCAAAUUGCACUUGGUGAUGUCUUAUACUCCUAAUUCUGAAACCCACAAUCUGGGACUAUAAAAGUGGCUGACUAGGGUGAAUUGUCAAAAUAUCUCCUCUUAGGUCCCCUCACACUGACCUAGUAUGGGGUCUUCCAGGGACAGCGUAGAAAGAGCUGUAGGCUCUCAAGGAAGGUACCUCAGAAAGUAGCGACAAGAAACCUGAGGUAAUGGCAGCCAAAAGAUGGGUCCAGACCUCUGAGAAGUACCUAUCCCAUACCCUAAUCACUCAUCAACCACUAACUACCCACCACCCUAAUCAGAUUUUAAUGAAUUAUAGCAAGAAGACUGAAAAGUAACUUAUGUGCAAUCAACCAUGGUUCAGGGACAUAAGAGCAUCUGUUACAAUUUCCAUGUUCAGCAAGUAUCGUCUAAAGGAGACCCUGUUUUUAGCAGAGGUGGUCCCUAGGCUUGAACACGGUCUGAAUGAAAAUAUCCAUCCAAACUGCUUUGUCUUUGCUGUUGUGUCUGAUUCAAAAAUUAUCAAACAACUUCUGAUUGUUUAGGUUUCCAGGGGCCCUAAUGUGGAGAAGGGGGGAGCAUCA